AUGGAUUCUAUACAUUUCUUAGGCAAUAUUGUUGUUUCUUUUUCAGCGUUGAUCUUGCUUUGGAACGCACCAUGUGAAGCUCAACUUUCUCCAUCAUUUUAUAGAAAUACAUGUCCAAAUGCACUCACUACAAUCCGCACUUCCAUCCGGCAAGCAGUAUCCCGAGAGCGAAGGAUGGCUGCCUCUCUCAUUCGCCUCCAUUUUCAUGAUUGCUUUGUUCAAGGCUGUGAUGCAUCAAUCUUACUAGACGAAACCCCUUCUAUAGAAAGUGAGAAAACUGCAUUUCCAAAUAUUAAUUCUGUAAGAGGUUAUGAGGUCAUAGAGGCUGCCAAGAGGGAGGUUGAAAAAAUAUGCCCGGGAGUUGUUUCAUGUGCAGACAUACUCGCAGUGGCAGCCCGGGAUGCCUCCGCAGCUGUUGGUGGGCCAUCAUGGAACGUAAACCUUGGAAGAAGGGAUUCUACAACAGCUAGUCGUUCUGUAGCUAACUCUGAUCUUCCAAGUCCUUUUUCCGAUCUCAACACACUUACUUCUGCAUUUGCGAACAAGGGACUUAGUGCUAGAGACAUGGUUGCCUUAUCAGGCUCCCACACAAUAGGCCAAUCCCAAUGUUUUCUCUUCCGAGAUAGGAUAUACAGCAAUAGAACAGACAUUGAUGCUGGAUUCGCUAGCACUCGUAGGCGCCAAUGCCCUACAAACAGUGGAGACAGUAAUUUGGCAGCACUUGAUUUGGUGACACCCAAUUCAUUUGAUAACAACUACUUUAGGAAUCUAAUGCAGAGAAAGGGUCUUCUUCAAUCAGAUCAAGUUUUAUUCAGUGGAGGAUCAACCAACAAUAUUGUUUCCGAGUACAGUAGAAAUCCAAGAACAUUCAUGUCUGAUUUUGGAAAUGCCAUGAUCAAAAUGGGAGACCUCGAACCACUCACCGGCCAAAAUGGGAUCAUAAGAAGAAUCUGUAGUGCCAUCAACUAG